AAUAACCCACCCGGGCCUCGAGCUCAUGAAUAUUCAGCAGCCUGCUUCCGGCGGGCAACCGCUCCGGCCGCGCCCACCUAGGAGACUGCGCUUGCGUCACUGGCGCGCGACUCUGUCGUCACGCGCGCACGCCGCCGCCCGCCAGGGAAGGCUGCUGUCAUGGCGAGCUCGGCGGCCUCCUCCGUGCGACCGCCGAGGCCCAAGAAAGAGCCACAGGCGCUCAUCAUCCCCAAGAAUGCCGCGGAGGAGCAGAAGCUCAAGCUGGAACGGCUCAUGAAGAACCCGGACAAAGCAGUUCCAAUUCCAGAAAAAAUGAGUGAAUGGGCACCUCGACCUCCCCCAGAAUUUGUCCGAGAUGUAAUGGGUUCAAGCGCUGGGGCCGGCAGCGGAGAAUUCCACGUGUACAGGCAUCUCCGCCGGAGAGAGUACCAGCGACAGGACUACAUGGAUGCCAUGGCUGAGAAGCAAAAAUUGGAUGCAGAGUUUCAGAAGAGACUGGAAAGAAAUAAAAUUGCUGCAGAGGAGCAGACUGCAAAGCGUCGGAAAAAGCGCCAGAAGUUAAAAGAGAAGAAAUUACUGGCAAAGAAGAUGAAACUUGAACAGAAGAAGCAAAAUGAAGAUAAAUACCCAGAGGUGAAAUUGCUGGAUCAUAUGGUAGUUCUGUUUUUAUGAAGCAGAGCUAUUUUUAUUACUAUCUUUUAUUUUCAAUCAUCAAAUAUAUUUCAGACUCAAGAGGAGAAUAGUCUUGAAUAGUGACCAGAUAGUUACCAUUUCUAUUGCCUUUUCUUUGUUCCUCAUGUUCCAGACUCCUUUCUAUCAGUCUGUCUUUUUUCUGUCUUCUUUCCCGUCUGUCAGAAGAUCUCCCUGUAAGUCAUUCAGUGAGAAUAGGUAUGCUGGCUAUGAGUUAUCUUAGCUGUUCUUCAUAUAUGUCUAUCUUUAUUUCAUCCUUGUUCCUAUGGGGACAUUCUCACUGGAUAAGAAUAUUGGGUUGGCAGUGGUUUAUUUCAGUACUUUCGAAAUGCUGCUUCAUUUCCUCUGGCCUCCAUUUCUAAUUAAAAAAAAAAAAAGUUAUUCAGAUUGUUUUCCUAUCAUUGUUUUUCCCUGGCUGCUUUCAAGAUCUUUAGGUGUUAGGAACUUGAUUGUGAUGUGUUGGCACAUGGAUUUCCUUGGGUUUAUCCUGGAGUUGCAUUUGGAGUUCACUGAGCUACAUGAAUCAUUGGUAAGCACGUGUCUGUCAAAUUUGGGACUUUUUUCCAACUUUUUUUUUUUUUGCUUUGUUCAUAUUGGAUAAUUCCUGUUGAUCUGACCUUAAGCUGUCUCUUCCCUGUGUCAUUUCCAAUCCACUACUGAGUCAAUCCGGUGAAUUACGUUUUUCAGAAAAGUUUUUGUUUCCAUUUGAUUCUUUAUACUUUCUCUUUUCUUUGCUGCAAUUUUCUAUCUUUCUGUUUGUUUCAAGAUUCUUCACACUCACUUCCUGGAAAAAUAUUUCAAUAGCUACUUUGAAGUGUUGGUAGUUCCAACAUCUGGGUUAUCUUGACAUUAGCAUUUGUUGAAUGUCUUUCCUCGUGCUAGUUGAGAUUUUCCUGAUUCUCCACGUACUGAGUGAUUUCCUGUGGAUCCUGGACAUUCUGAAUGUUGUGAGACUCUGAUCUUGCUGAUGUUUGUUUCAGCAGUCAGUCAUCCUGGUUGUGUUCAGAACCCAGGUUCUCAUCAGCCUUCUGUAGACUGUGGCUCCAGGAACCAGGGCUUUUAAAGCUUUUGCUGUGCUCUCCAGAUGUGUCCUGUGGGUGCCACCCAGUGGCCAGUCAGGGUUUAGCUGAGUUCGGUUCUCAAAGUGCUCGGCAUGAUGAUUAGGGCCAGAUCCAUGCAUGUGCUGUCAGGGUGACCCCAGGAGUUCAUAAAGACUUUACGAUGUCUCUUCCAAUCUCUCCAUGACCUCCCCGGUAGUUCCUGGUUUCCUGGAGCUCCCCUUUUCAGAUCUCUGGCCAGAAAGUCGGGGCUCUAGUUACCUACUCUGCCACAUGCUCCGUACAGUUGCCCUUGCAUCCAGGGCUGAGUGGUGGGAGGAUAAAGAAGAAAAGUAACAGUUUGCCUGGCCAUCCUAGGACCACAGCUCCUCUGAUCAUAGAGAAAGGUUCCCCUCCUUCCAGGUUUUUGUGCAGUAAGCCCCCAUUGCCACCAGUCACUGUGGCCAUCCUGACACUGGCAGAGGGAAAAGACAAAAGAGAUUCCCCUCCCUCUGAACAUCGGGAACCCACUGUCUUACUCCUUGAACCAGAACUCGAAAGCUUCUCUCAGAACUUGUCUAUGCCAGUCUCCACUUCUGUGUAUGGAUCGCCCCAAAUCCAGGCUGGGAUACUGGAGAGAAAAAAAGGAAAAAAAAAACCCACAGGAAAUGCAAUAUUGUUCCAGUGGUACUUUGUAUUCUGGUCUUUUCUCCCAUUUUGCUUAUCUUUCCGAGUCAAUGCAUUCUGUCCUGGUGCUAUAAGCAGUGUUCAGUGGAGAAACAGUCGAAUGUGCUUGCUCUGUGUUACCUGGAACCCACCCUCCAUUUGUUUGGGGGGGGUGUGGUUUUUUUUUUUCUUUCUGAUUGUGCUGGGUCUUCGUUGCUGUGCAUGAGCUUUCUCGCGCUGCGGCCGGUGGGCCCAGCUCCCCAGCUGCGGUGCACAGGCUUCCUGCGGCGGCUUCCCUGGUGGUGUGCAGGCUCGGUAGUUGUGGAGCGUGAGCUUAGUUGCUCUGCAGCAUGUGUUGUCUUCCUGGACCAGGGAUCUAACCAGUGUACCCUGCAUGGGAAGGCGGACUGUUAACCACUAGACCACCAGGGAAGCCCUAUUUGGUGUUUUGAAUCCAGUUACAGGACUUGACAUUUAGCUCUUGCACAUUUCAACUUGGUGUUACUGGUUCUGUUGGUUCAGGUCUCCACAGUCCUUGUGAAUUCUGAUUCUGGAAUUCAGCAUGUUACCAUGUCUUUCUGGUGUUGUGAUGGGCAGGUUUGAUAAACAUACCUCCUUUCCGUCAUUGGUAAAAAUGCUGAGCCAGCCAGACUGGGCCAGGGAGCUCCAUCUAGCCUGGCAUGGACCUGUUCACUGAAACCCUGGGUGGUGGUAUUCUCCAGCCGAGAAUCAGCCAGACUCCCUCUUCUUUAAUCUGACCCACAGAGGAAUCAUAGGAAACUUGAGAGGUCACUCGAGGCCAUGGAGUGAGCAUGGUGUCCGUAGGGUCUUGGCUCAGUGCUCUUUCUGGCUCACCUUGACCUCAAGCAUCUCUUGGAGCAGAUAUUUUUUUCUCCCUUAAUUUUAGCUUGUAAAAUGAUAAGCUCUUCCUAGAUCUAAAAUUCUGCAACUUGGUAUCUUUGCCACAUGCCUUGCUAUAAUGAAUAUACACCAUCUUUGGGGGGGUGGGGCAGAGGAGUUCCAUCCCCUGUAAAUGCAAGAACCCUUUCAGAACAAGAAACUGAGGUUACUUUGCUUGCUCUGAGUUUGUAUUUAUUGAACCUGUGAUGGGUCUGCGGGAUCAGAGUAACUUUUUAGUAAUCAGAUUGGAGAGAGGUGGCAGUAUCCCAGAGCUGAGAUUUCUUAAACCCCCCUUUUCUCGCCACUUUCUCACCUUAGAUUCAUGUUACCACACAGUUUCCAGUCCCUUUUCUUUCAUUUGCCUGAGGCUGUGAAGAGUCUCAGAGAUGAUAGAUUUCACCCAGGGUGUCUGCCCUGUUUAAAAUGGCCCCGUGCCCUUGCCCUGGGUCUCCCCCGGUCCUGAGCUUCAGUUCUGUCAAAGGAUAAAAUGUUUUCAUCCAUGUCGCAUUGUAGCAGUGCAGUGUUUUUCAAACUGAGGGCUGUGAUCCUUUACUUACUGGGUCAUGAAGUUAGCUUAGAAGUUACAGGUUGUUGUUUUUUUCAAACAUGCAUAAAACAGACUAGAAAACAUCAGAAUGCCUCACAUCCUGGAGUAACUGUUUAGUGAAAUUUUCUUUUCGGUUUCUAGGUGAGCUGUCAGGCUUGAAAAUCACUGUUAGGAUACAUGAGCCCCACCUGUCUUGUGCAGUUAGCACCUGUACAUAUUUUUUAAAUGAUUAGUAAUAAUGUAUGGUUGUAUAUGCUUCUCACCAAAUGAGCAGGAGAGUGUUAUGGGGAUAGCUUCCUACAGGGGGUUUGUGUGCCUUUCCUGCACCUCUCAGUUCCUUCCUUAUUUUUCAUUUUGUGAAAGGGAAAGGAUUUCUAGAUUUCUAGGAUUUCUAUUUCUAAAAUAAAUUUAAUGUGGUGAUACUCAGUUCUGCCACAAGGUGGCUUCAGUGCACCGCUGGGUUCUUGAAGGACCUGGAGCUAAAGCACCUGAGCUUUUUGGCUCUUCUGUCCGUGGUGAGGGGCAGCUGGCCAGGAGUUCGGUUCUGUUGCUGGAGAGGAAAUAUCCCAGCUUGUCGUCCGUGCUGGUCCAGCAGUUCAGUGAAGUGAGACUUGUCAGAAUGAUACCACAGGGUGGCGUUAAGCCAGUCUGGAUUAUUAAAGCCUUGAAUCCCUGAACAGUAUAUUCUGAUGCCAGUGUUAAUCAUGACGCUGGCUUACCUACCAGAGAAACCUUAAGGUGACGCAUUACCAAGAACAUCAAGGGCGAUUUCUCCAAGGCUGGGUGGGGGGAGAAGCAGGCGAGGGAGAUAAAGUGGUACAGACUUUCACUUACAAAGUAAAUGAGUCACAGCUGUGAAAGGUGUAGUGUAGGGAAUAUCAUCAGUAAGGUUAAUAUCUUUGUGUGGUGUCAGAUGACAACUGGACUUACCGUGGUGAUCAUUUUGAAACAUACAGAAAUAGUGCAUCACUAUGUUGUAUACCAGGAACUAAUAUAAUACUGAUACUUCAAAAACACUCCUAGAAAAAGAGAUCAGAUUUGUGGCUGCAGAGGUCAGGAGGAAGGGGAAUUAGAUGAAGGUAGUCAAAAGGAACUUCUGGUUACACGAUGAGUAAGUACUGGGAUGUAAUAUACAACAUGAUAAAGAUAAUACUACUGUACAUUAUAAAUGAAAGUUAACAGACUUCUCUGAAAAAGGAAAAAAACCUUUUUUUCUAUUUCUUUAACCUUAUGAGAGAUGGAUGUUCACCAAACAUGUGGUGAGUAUUUGAAAACUGGGGUGGGAGGAGCAGUUUAUCAGCCUCAGCAGUGUGGACACCCUGGGCCACAUGGCUCUUUGUUGUGAGGGACGAUAUCCUGUUCACUGUAGGAUGUUUAAGAGCAUCCUGGCUUCUACCCGCUAGAUGCCAGCAGCACCCACCCUCCCCUCCAUCACUGACAAAAAGAAAUGUCUCCAGACCUUUGCCAAGUGUUUUCCUCAUGGCGGAGAGGGACAAAAGUGUCCCUAGUUAAUACGAUUCCUAUUUCAGCUGGUAUCGGGUGUUGGGAAGACACUCAGUUUAUGUUUUGGAUCAAACUGUUUGCUUGAGUGCCACAGUUCUUACCCAUGCUCUCUAUAUUGGGAAACCAUGUGUAUCCCUUGCGUCUUUUGAAAGUAAAGGCAAGACAGGAUCAUUUUAGAAAUGUUUAGAAUACACAGGAAAGGAAAAAAGUCAAAAAAUUAUCUGCAAUUCUUACUUAAAAAAAUCACUUUAACAUUCUCAUGAUGUUUAUUUAAAUUUUAAUAUUUAUCAUGUAAACCUAUUUACAUAAUUAUCAUAUUUACAGUUGUCCUUUUAUCAUAUAACAUUGUAUCACAAAUAUUUUCCCAUGCUCUUAUAAUUCCAUAGUGCAAGGAAGGAUUUUUUUUUCCCAAUCUGUUCAUUCAUCUGUUGUCUUGGAUUUUUGUUUUUUUGUUUUGUUUUAUUAAAGUUAACAUCAGCUUCAAUUACACUCAGUGGCAUUUUACCUAGUAUUCUUACAGUCUUGUGAAUAAAAUCUCAGAUACCUAGAUUUUAAAAUCAUCUGUAAACAGCAGUGUGAGAGUAGUGGAAAAAGGUCAAGUAUCACCAUCCUAAUAGAUCACCUCUCAUUCUGUCCGUUUUCUCCUUUUUACGUGUUUGUUUAUUUGAUGGCACUGGGUCUUAGCUGCGACGCGCGGGGCCCUUCACGGCAGCGCACAGGUUCAGUAGUUGCAUUGCUGGCACUCAGUUGCCCUGAGGUGUGUGGGAUCUUAGUUCCCUAACGAAGGAUGAAACCUGAGUCCCCCGCAUCGCAAGGCGGAUUCCCAGCCACUGGACCACUAGGGAUGUCCCUGUCCGUUUUGUUUUAAUCUCGCCAUGUGAACAUACCGUCUGUAUGUAGGUAAUAAUUGUAGUAUAUGAACAUGUUCCCCAUUUGCUUGCUUUUAUUGAACAUUAUAAGCACUUCUGGUCUUCAUAACUUUUUCAGUGACUGAUCAUAUCCAGCAAUCGACAUGCCAUGAUAUACCUAACAUUUUCCCUUUGUUAGACAUUAGACUGAUUCCAGUUUUUCUCUUCUUUAGAAGAUAUUUUAGUGAAUUUAUGAACCUGUCUCCCUUCCCCCUUUCUGGGUAAAAUUCCAGCAGUGGCAAUUAUUAGAUCACAGAAUAUAAAAAGAGUUUUUGGCUCUUGAAAUGUAUUGCCAGUUUCUUUCCAAAGAAGUAGUAUCAGUUUUUACAGCCAUCAGCGAUGUGCAGUGGUGUGCAUUUUACCAUAUUAAAAAAAAAAAAACCUUACAAAAAUAUAGAUCCAGAUCUGGCAGGACUGUGAUAGCAGCCUCCAUGCUCUUCCCACCCACCCUGAACAGCCUCCAAAGCUCUCUCUAAAACAGGCUGGGUUGUCAUUUGUUCUCCUACACUUCUCUGAUGGCUCAGAGAGUAAGGAGUCUGCCUGCAAUGCCGGAGACCCGGGUUCAAUCCCCGGGUUAGGAAGAUUCCCUGGAGAUGGAAAUGGCAACCCACUGCAGUAUUCUUGCCUGGA